GGCUUCAAAAAUCACACGGGGUGGGUGGGUUGCCUUCUCACUGUACAAAUUUUAUUUCAAUUCCAUCAAAAGGAAAAUAAACUCUAGGGUUUCCAAUUUUCACCUUUUCCUCCCGCUCUCUCUCUCCUCGCUGCUCCACUCUCCCCACGGCGGCACCGCGGCCUCUCUCGCGGCGGCCGGUGCUUUCUCCAUUUCUUCUUUACUCCUUUAUCCCCUCUCACUUUCUCUGUCGUCGUGUUCUUCACCAUUUCUCUCACCUACAACUGAAAGUGCGGUCAACUGAGCUCUGCGCCAGCCAUCCGCCAUCUUUUUGGUUCAUGGUCUCAACCCAAAGUGCGGCUCUAGUCUCUAUGUAGAUACCUAGGGUCCAAAAGUUCAACUCAUGUGUUGAGAUACUCGGAGGAUCCAUACAGCUCAUGCAUUUUGUUUCACAUUUCUCGUGUUCUUGACAAAGAUACUAAGUUAUGGAGUGCAACAAAGAAGAGGCAUCAAGAGCCAAGGAUAUUGCUCAGAAGAAAAUGGAAGCAAAAGACUUUCCAGGGGCUCGUAAGUUUGCUCUGAAGGCCCAGCAGCUUUAUCCUGAUAUGGAAAAUAUUUCCCAGAUGAUUUGUGUGUGUGAUGUGCACUGCUCAGCGGAAAGAAAAAUGUUUGGAAGUGAAUCGGACUGGUAUGGCAUUCUUCAAAUUGUACACACUGCAGAUGACACAUUAAUUAAGAAACAAUAUCGCAAGUUUGCUCUUCUUCUUCAUCCUGACAAGAACAAAUUUUCUGGCGCUGAAGCUGCAUUCAAGUUGAUAGGGGAGGCACAGAGAGUGCUGCUGGAUAAGGAGAAAAGGUCAUUCUAUGACUUGAAAUGCAAAGCAUCCUGUAAACCAGUGAGACAAAACCAGCCUCCUCAGCAGACAAGUAGGAAUGUCAAUGUUGUUAAGACAACUAGGGUCCAGAACAAUGUCACAAGCAAUUCUAAUUCACAUGCUAAAGGUUUUAAUUUCACACAUCAAGAGCAAAAACAGCAGCCUCAAUCAGCAGCUGCCAAAGACAAGGAGACCUUCUGGACCCAAUGUCCUUAUUGUGCUGUUCGUUAUCAGUAUUACAGGGAAGUUUUGAAUAGAGCUCUCCGUUGUCAGAGUUGCCAGAAGCCCUUCAUUGCCUAUGAUAUGCUUGUUCAGGGUCCACGACCUGGAUCUGAUGCAACUCAGCCUGUGUUUCCUGGGCAGAACAUUCCCAAUGCAAGUGCUACAGGAUCAGGGGCUGUGAAUGAGAAGCAUGCUUCAAAUGGUGGGGUUCCAGCUGGGAAAAAUGCGGAAGCAAGCCGGUCACAGAAAGCCAGCCAGACACACAAAGGUCCAAACAAAGGGGGUAAACAAGUGGAACAGGCAUUUAAACCCUCUAAGAAAGUAGAUGGUAAAAGAGGGAAGAAGCAGGAGGUAGAGUCUAGUGAAAGUUUUGGAUCAGAGAGCAGCCUGGAGUCUGAAGAUUCUCAGAGGGCACAACAAUUUGACAGUGAUGGGGAUGGAUGUGCUAGAAGAUCAAGCCGGAAUAAACGGCAUGUGUCAUACAAUGAAGAUGUAAGCGACGAUGAGAAUAUCAUGAACCCUUCUAAAAAGGCAAAUAAACGGCAUGCUAAUGAAGAUGUAAGCGAUGAUGAAGAUGUAAGCGAUGAGGAUAUCAUGAACCCUUUUAAAAAGGCAAAUAAACGUCAUGUCAAUGAAGAUGUAAGCGACGAUGAGGAUAUCAUGAACCCUUUUAAAAAGGCAAAUAAACAGCAUGCCAAUGAAGUCUUCGAUGAUUGGAUCCCUCCGAAAAACGUAAAAGAGAGUGAACGAACUUGUCCGACAACAGAAGAGAAAGGUAAGAGACAGCAGCCGGAAUCUUCGAAGAUUAACAAAAACUAUGGAUCUGAUUCAAGCCCUGAAACAAAACCUCAGCCAAAAUUUUUUGAAUAUCCUGAUCCAGAUUUUUGUGAUUUUGAUGUGUCUAGGAAAGAACAGUGCUUUAAAGUUGGGCAGGUUUGGGCUGCUUAUGAUACUGCAGAUGCAAUGCCUAGAUUCUAUGCCAAGGUCAGGAAAAUUUUUACUAGACGGUUUAAGCUGCAGAUAACCUGGCUUGAGGCGCAUCCAGAUGACGUGUUUGGGAAAAAAUGGGCCAAUUCAGAGUUGCCAUUUUCGUGUGGUAAAUUUAAACUUGGUGCAUCUGAUUUUACAGAAGAUCGUCUUAUGUUCUCCCAUGAGGUAGUUUGGGACAAAGGUGUUGGUGGUAAAGAUUCUACCUUGAUAUAUCCUAGAAAGGGGGACACAUGGGCCCUUUUCAAGAACUGGGAUGCAGAAUGGUUUUUAACUCCAGAGGAUGACAGAAAGUUUGAAUAUGAAUAUGUUGAGAUACUGUCUGAAUAUAAUGAAACUGUUGGGAUACGCGUUGCACAGUUGGUGAAGCUGAAGGGCUUCACUAGUCUGUUUUACCGAGUAAGUGAAAGUGAAUUACGAAUACCGCCUGCUGAGGUACUUAAGUUCUCGCACAAAGUACCUUCUUAUAGAAUGAGUGGUAUUGAGAGGCCUGGUGUUCCUAGGGGUUCAUUUGAGCUUGACCCAGCUUCCACAACCAGGAACAUUGAAGAAAUCACCCUUCCUUCAAAGGGAAACACUAGCUCUGUUCACUUAUCUGCUAAUUCUAAAGUAGUGAAUCCUGGUGUGAACACAGCUAAAAAUCCAUUGCCCAGUUCUUGUGAUAAUGGCAAGGGUAAUCAGGUGCACAAGAACAACUUAAAUAGUGAUGUGACUGCCCAAGACAUCCCAGAUCCAGAAUUCUUUAAUUUUGAUGACCUGAAAUCAAAUAACAAGUUUCAGGUAGAUCAAGUGUGGGCUUUGUAUAGUGACACUGAUGGCUUGCCAAAAUACUACGGUGUCAUUAGGAAAAUUGAUCCUCACCCACAGUUUAAGGUGCAAAUAUCAUGGCUUGAAGCCUGCAAUUCGCCAAAUGAUAUGAUUUUAUGGAAGGAAAAGGGGAUGCCAAUUUCCUGUGGGCAGUUCAAGAUUGAAAAUGGCAAAACGCAAACAUAUACAGGAAAUAGUUCCUUUUCUCAUCAACUGUGUGCAAAAGCAACAGCAAGAAAGAAUGUGUUGGCUAUCUAUCCACAAAAGGGUGAAGUUUGGGCCCUUUACAAGAACUGGAAUGCCUCUAUGAUGGUUGCGGACUUGAAGAAAUACGAUUACGACAUUGUGGAAGUCCAGGAGGACAAUAAUUUAUAUCAUAUUAAAGUGUUGCUUUUAGAGCGAGUGAGUGGUUUCCGCUCAGUUUUCAAGCCACAGAAGAAUGCUCACACUAGAGAGAUCUCCCGAAAUGAAAUGCUUAGAUUCUCCCAUCACAUUCCAUCGUUCAGGCUCACAGAUGAGAAAGGUGGUAGUUUGAGAGGCUUUUGGGAGCUAGACCCUGCUGCAAUCCCCAGUCAACCUUUGUACAAAUUGUAGGUCAAUGCUUAUCAUUUGAUGACUUGCUUUUUGCUGUUGUAGCUGCAAUGCAUCUGAUAUUUGUGGGAUAUGAAAUACUGGAAACUAUUUUAGAACUAUCCUUUGAGAUCUGAUAUAAUAUGCAGCACUUGGUUAGGGCAUGCAUAUGAUCCUUCACUUAGUGAUGGUCUCCUUUAUCUUUUGGCCACAUUAUUUUUAUUGAACAGGUUAUCAAAGGAGUUAUGUAGGUGGAAGUGAUCUAUCUGCUAAUGUUAGUGUUAGUCACAUGUUAAUUGUAAAAUCACUUUUCGACAGAACAUUAGAUGUCUCUUGUUGUUGUGUAGAAAUUAUGCUUUUGGAGGUUUUACUGCACCUCGUUCACUGAUUUAGCUAUUGCAGUUACAGUCGUAUAUAUAUCUGUUAGUUAUUCUUCA